CAAACCAAAUAAAAUUCCGCAGGCUUUUGUAGGAUAUUUUCUGAUGUAAGAUUAGUCUACAUGAGACGUUUAUUUAUCACAAUUUAUAUCGAGUUUUGAUAUUUAAAAAGGUGUGGUCUAGAUUUUAUUCAUCUGAUCGCAGUGAGAAAGUAACUGUAGCGAACACAUUUACUGUCAAUUUUUUGUAUUUGAAGAAACGAAGAAAGAAUACAGUAGCUUCCACGAUGGAUCGGGACAGAGCUAACCCUUCCCCCUCCACCCUGCUGGAGUCCCCUGGUCACAACUCUCCUGGUAGAGCCUUACUGCUGGGUCUGAAGAGGGUGUCUGUGUGGCUGGUCGACUGCAGGAAAACACCAGGGCAGAGUGGAACUGUGAGAGAAGGACACGAGGAGGGUGAUGGAGAUUUGAUUUCAUCAAGGGACACCCCUAACAGUCGUUCUCUCAGUGGAAGAGGCUUAUCAUCUGGGGAGCCUCGACCACAUCAUGUUUCUGACGAGACAGAGAAGAGUCUCUCCAGAUCAGAACAUCUCAAGAAACACCAGCAGAGACGUAUAGGGAAGAAACCUCACCACUGCUGCUCUGACUGUGGGAAGAGUUUCAUUAGCCGGAGUGACUUCAUUACUCACCAGCGGAUUCACACAGGGGAGAAACCGUACUGCUGCUCUCAGUGUGGGAAGAGUUUCACCUCUCCAGGAAGUCUUAACAUACACCAAAGAAUUCAUACAGGAGAGAAACCUUACAGAUGCCCAGAGUGUGGAAAGAGUUUUCCUGCUUCUCAAACCUUAAAAUGUCAUCUGAGAAUUCAUACAGGGGAGAGGCCUUACCCCUGCCUUGAUUGUGGGAAAAGAUUUGCUUAUUUGCGAGCCCAAACCAUACACAAGCUAACACACACUGGAGAGAAGCCUUAUUGCUGUGAUCAGUGUGGGAAGAGCUUCAAUCAGUCAGGCCACCUGACAAAACACAAGCUAACACACACUGGAGUGAAGCCUUAUAGCUGUGAUCAGUGUGGGAAGAGCUUUGCUGUAGCUUCCAUCCUGAAUAGACACCAGCGAACACACACUGGAGAGAAACCUUAUAGCUGUGAUCAGUGUGGAAAGAGCUAUGCUGUAGCUUCCGUCCUGAAUAGACACCAGCGAACACACACUGGAGAGAAGCCUUAUAGCUGUGAUCAGUGUGGGAAGAACUUUGCUGUAGCUUCUGCCCUGAAUAGACACCAUCGAACACACACUGGAGAGAGAACUUAUGUCUGUCUAUGUGGGAAGAGCUUUGCUCUAGCUUCUGCCCUGAAUAGACACCAUCGAAUACACACAGGAGAGAAGCCUUACAGCUGUGAUCAUUGUGGAAAGAGCUUCAGUCAAUUAGGGAACCUGAAUUCACACCAGCGAACACACACUGGAGAGAAACCUUAGAUAGAUAUAUGUGGGAAGAGCUUUGUUCAUUUAGGGCCAAUGAGAAAACAACAGAAAGCAAAAACAUGACGUAUUUCAUCUCCCGCCUAUCUGGCACCGGUUCCAGAUCCCUAAAUAAAGGAUCAACAGAAAACAUCUAGUGAACAGUCAUAUCCAUCUCCCAUUCUUAAACGGUUGUCUUAGUCUGAUCACCAUGGUAACCUCUGUGGAGCAUAAUAUGCAGCUCUGAUCUAGGAUCAGGUCUCCCCUGUCUCUAUGUAAUAUCACAUAUUGGGAUCUAAAUUGAUAAAUGUUCUAGAAAAUGUAAUAGUGAACCUGUGUGUGUUGGGGGGAUGUUGAUAAUUGUAUCUUCUUUCAUAUACUCAUGAUACUAUUAUUAUUAAAUGUCAUUAUGUAGAACAAUGUUUCAACAAUAGGUGUAUAUUCAUGUAUUCAAUUGAUCAAUAAAU